UCGAUUUCGCUCCGAAAUAGUUUGUAUGAUUUGUCCCUUGCUUGCAUAUUAAACUGGUCUAACAUUUGACCAGCUUUCAUUAAAAGAACAAACAAACAAACAAAAGCAUAUCAGAACAUUUGGGUCAGCGAGAAAGAAGAAACGAUGACAUGUACUACGGAACUCUAACCGCACUUAUGUAGAAGAAGGGGUGGUGCUAUGGGGCUGUUAUAGAGACAGAAUCUUUGCUCUAAAGCUCAGUUCAGUAACGAUGAGUAACACUGGACACUCAGUAAAAUGCCACGAUCUAACAACCAUCUGGGAUAAGGCGCAACAAACAUGCAUCCCGUGUGCGAAAACCCCUAUAAAGCCAGGUCAUGAAAUUACCCCCAACUGUGGGUUUGAUGAUGACGGAGGGCGACACGAGGCACCAACAAAACCGUGCAAGACAAACACUUUUAACAAUGGCAGCAGCCUCCACUGCACACUCUGUAGCCUGUGUCCGUUUCAGACUGAGAGACCUUGCAACACAACAGCUGACACCGUUUGCGGCAAGGUGCCUGUUACGCAAAGAAUCCCGACAACAGAUUUCCCUGUCACAACUCUGGCAUAUCAAGGACCUAACUUGACACCAACCUCACCACCAUCACGUUCUCACAAUGUGUCAAGGGCAGCCUGGGCAGUACCAUUAGCCAUUUUAAUUUCCAUUGUGCUCGUUGCCUUGUCUGCUUAUGUGUUUGGUCUCAAACGGAAAAGAGCAAAGGCUUUUUGCAGGCAACCCUCAUAUAUAAAUGACGGAUUCGCCCCCCUGACAGGUUCAUCUAAUGGCAGUGACGUAGAGGACAUACUUUGUGCAGACAUCCUGUCUGCACCUCUACAGACCGUGCUGGACAACUUGGAUGUUUUGGAAGAGCUGGUGAUUUUGCUGGAUCCAGAGAGCCACGUAAGAAAGAGCACAAAACAUCUGGCGUCGCACUGCGCCUUCCCCUCCACCUGGAUUACUUACACCUACUCUAUGAAGGACAGCAAAAGCCCCCUAAAAGCUGUGCUGGAGGGGGUGACCUGCAAGAACCCCGACUGGACUGUAGGGCACCUGGCUAAACUGCUCAAACACAUGGAGCGUAAUGACGCCAUAGCUGCUCUUGCAAAACUUAAAACAAAUAAGACUGAAGUGUAGCGACUGUUUAGCCCGACUCCCAAAAAGGCUGCUACGAGCACGGAGAGAAGCGGAGCGAUAAAAGGCAUGCCUUAUGCGUGCAUGUUGAUGACGGGGGAAGUCAAGCAUUCCAUAAAAAAUUAAAUAGCUUCUUCCAUAUUUGCAGCUUCAUUUGUUAUUACGUUUGAAUAAUUAAUGUAUUAUUACCUACCUCCUGGAAAACAUUUAACCUCGACUGCUGUAUCCCAGAUAAACUGCUUAACACGUGCAUGAAGGACAAAGCACAGAAUCAGAAUUUUAGCCAGGCUUUAUCUUUACCCAUCCAGCUAACGAGAUGCCUUUUCCUCCAGUGAACUCAACCAAAAUUCCACAGUUCCUGUUUUCCCCACCAUCAUAUUUACCGCGACAGUAUUCUUGUCAAAAUAGAACAAAUGAGUAAUGUUUUUUUUUUAAAUGUUAAUCUGUUUCCAAUUGUUGUUGCCUUUAUAAUACUAUUGACCUAUGCAAAUAAAAUCAUUCAAUCAGUCAUUUCAUCAAA